UGACUCAAUAAUUACCAAAUCCACAGAACCUCUAAAUUCUCUCUUCUCUUCUUAACUAAAUUCCCGCCCGAGCUCUGCACUUCCAAUUCCUUGUCCUUUUUUUCAUGCUUCGGAUUCGUUUACCCAAAAUAAAGGAAAAGAAACUCUGACAAGUCAAUUCCACCACCACCACCAAUCCAGCAGUGGCAAACAGGGCAGAGAAAAGAAAAGAAAAGAAAAGAAAAUAAAUAGGAUUAAGGACACAAACAGCUAGCUAACUCCGCACAUUACGUUUACAUACACUUAAACAAGCGAUCAUCCAUGAAAGUGAAAGCAAGUAAAGGAAAAUGGAGCUUCAAGCCAAGGCUCGGGUUGACUAUUGUUUUUCUCUCUUGUUCUUUCUUCUUCGUGGCGGGUCUUUUUGCUUCCAAUUUAAUCUCUCAGGAAGCUAGACAGAGAGCAAGUUCAAAGCAACUCCAAUCGGUGAAAGAGGAGAUAAUUGAGUAUGAUUUAUUGUCUGCAGGAGAGACCGGAGAUGAUUCUAUUACUGUGAUCCCCUUUCAGAUUUUGAGUUGGCAACCGCGUGCUUUGUAUUUUCCUAAUUUUGCAACUUCAGAGCAAUGUCAAAGCAUAAUUAAUAUGUCGAAGCCAAACCUUAAACCUUCCACUUUGGCUUUACGAAAAGGAGAAACAGAAGAAAACACAAAGGGAAUUAGAACCAGCUCUGGCAUGUUUAUUAGUGCUUCUGAAGACAAAAGUGGGGUUUUGGAUGCUAUUGAGGAAAAAAUUGCUAGAGCGACAAUGCUUCCCAGGGCUAAUGGAGAGGCAUUCAAUGUCUUGCGCUAUGAGAUUGGGCAAAAGUAUAAUUCACAUUAUGAUGCAUUCCAUCCUGCAGAGUAUGGCCCCCAGAAGAGCCAAAGGGUUGCUUCUUUCUUGUUAUAUUUAUCUGAUGUAGAAGAAGGUGGGGAGACCAUGUUUCCAUUCGAGAAUGGCUUUGACGUUGAUGAAAGUUAUGAUUUUCAAAAGUGUACUGGUUUACGAGUAAAACCACGCAAAGGGGAUGGACUAUUGUUCUAUUCUCUUUUCCCAAAUAAUACAAUUGAUCCUACAUCACUGCACGGAAGCUGUCCAGUAAUCAAAGGGGAGAAAUGGGUGGUUACAAAGUGGAUUAGAGAUCAAGAACUCGACGAAUAGAAUACUUGUACAUCCUAUCAGUGCAAUAUUCUUCAACUGUUCCUUUUUUUUUUUUUUUUCUCACUGGACCUCAGAAACAAAAAUAAAAUUUCACGUAGCUAAGCUAAAAUUUUUUUUUCUUUUUGGGUUAAUGUAAUUUCUCAUGCUGACAUUCCAAAGUGAGAAAAUGAUUGAGUAUAGUGGUGAUAUUUUAAAUAGACAGGUCCUUAUAUGUUCU